CAUAUUCCCGUCCAACAUGGCAGCCCCCGUUUGCACCGAUUUGCUAUGUGCCUCAUUCAGACUGUUAUAAGUUGCUUUUUAUUACUUAGGAAAAGUCUCAAGUCCAAACUAUAACCGUUCAAGAUGUUGGCUUUUCGUGCAAACUUUCUGCCAUGUCUGGGAAGCAAGGCUUUAUCAUUUCCUGUGGUUGGCGGAAGCAAACCCCCACCAUGCUUGAGUACCACAUGGGCAAGGUGCAUCUACAGUGUGACAGGACAGUGGGAGAAAGACUACUCUAAGGAAGCCAGGAUAGCCGUGGAGAAAUUCUGGUAUGGGAAACUCUUAAAAGACAGUAAACAGACCCAGAAAUUCCAGUCAGAUCGACCAAAGUACUACGUAUUGCCCAUGUUCCCGUACCCGUCAGGAAGGCUGCAUAUGGGCCAUGUUCGAGUGUACACGAUAAGUGACACAGUUGCACGUUUCCAGAGGAUGAAUGGGUACCAGGUUCUCCACCCCAUGGGAUGGGACGCAUUUGGCUUGCCCGCAGAGAAUGCAGCCAUAGAGAGGGGGCUGCAUCCCCAUGAUUGGACAAAAAGCAACAUCGAGUACAUGAGGAAACAGAUUGAAAGUCUCUCACUCAGUUUUGACUGGGAGAAAGAAAUCAGUACCUGUGAUCCUAACUACUACAGGUGGACACAGUAUCUCUUCCUGAAACUGUUUGAAUCUGGACUAUGUUAUCGUAAAGAAGCUCUGGUGAACUGGGAUCCAGUGGACAAAACUGUGCUAGCCAAUGAACAGGUGGACGAGAAUGGCAGGUCAUGGCGUUCAGGAGCAAAAGUUGAAAAGAAGUAUCUAAAACAGUGGUUCAUCAGGAUCACUCAUUUCUCCCAUUCCCUUCUGAGGGGACUUGAAGAUCUGACAGAGUGGGGAAAGUAUGUGAAAGGGAUGCAGUCGUGGUGGCUAGGGGAGUGUAACGGAUGUUACUACGACUUCAAGCUAGAGGGAGGAGAUGUCUCUUCAGACAGCCUGCUGCCUGUAUUCACCAUUAAUCCAGAAGCUGUCUAUGGUGUUUCUCACAUCCUCAUCUCACCUGAUCACCACCUUCUGAAAGGAACUCAGGCACUCCACAAAUGGAAGGAAGAAAUCACAAAACAGAAAGUGGUUCGUCUUCCAUUGUCAGCAGUGCACCCUUUUACAAAUAAACCUGUCCCAGUAUAUGUGUCAGCUGAAGCAGAAUUUGAAGAACACAUAGAUGCUAAGAUGGGAAUACCAUGUUUGAAUGAGGUUGACAAAAGCUUUGCAGAAAAACAUGGACUUGACUUUGAAAUUGUUAUCAAACAUUCCAACGACGGGUCAGCACAAGUUGUAAAUUCAGCCGAGUUUACCAAUCUGGACAGGCAAGUGGCACGUGAGGAGAUCACCAGAACUGCUAGAGAGAAGGGAUGUGGUGGUCACUGGACAAGUGCUAACCUCCAUGACUGGCCUAUAUCAAGGCAGCGUUUCUGGGGUACCCCAAUCCCUAUUGUUCAUUGCCCUACUUGUAAAGAGGUGCCAGUACCUUUUGACAAUCUCCCCAUAGAGCUCCCUAAGGUUGCUAACUUUAAUGGUAAGGGUGGCCGUCCCUUAGCUGAUGCAUCUGAAUGGGUUGAUACGACAUGUCCGAAGUGUGGAGGACCAGGACGACGGGAAACAGACACUAUGGACACAUUUGUUGACUCAGCCUGGUACUUUCUUAGGUUCUGUGAUGCACACAACACAGAGGCCCCGUGGAGAAAAGAAGUUGCCAACAAGCUGAUGCCAGUAGAUCUCUACAUAGGGGGCAAAGAACAUGCUGUGAUGCACUUGUACUAUGCCAGAUUCCUCAGUCACUUUGCCCAUCAGCAGGGCCUUGUGUCACACAAGGAACCAUUUAAGAGACUCCUUGUUCAAGGCAUUGUAAAGGGUCCUAGCUAUAGGGUAGAAUCAACUGGCAAGUACCUGACACCUCAGGAGGUCGACCUGUCUGGCCCUGAACCAGUCGAGAAAAAGACAGGUGAGAAGCUGAUUGUGGAGUUUGAAAAGAUGAGCAAGUCCAAACACAACGGUGUGGAUCCACAGGAGCUCCUGGACCAGUAUGGCAUUGACACCGUACGUCUCUUCAUACUCCAGGGGGUACCUCCGGAGAUGGACAUUCACUGGAACAUCAAAGCCAUCAACGGUGUGUUGCGCUGGCAGGGUCGUGUAUGGGGCCUUGUGUCUCGGUUCAUAGAACUACGAGGCACUUCUCCACCCAUUCCUGAGGCACUCAGCAACAGUGAUAAGAAGAAGGAAAGUCAGUUGAUCACCAAAGCAAAUACCUUCAUAAGUGAUAUAACUAGGCAUUUACAUGACGACUUCAGUCCCAAUGCAGCAAUCAUUGAGUUAAUGGGGUUGACAAGCAUCCUCAGGAAGGUGCCCGACACAGUGGCACAGCACAGUGUGGAGUUUGAGAGGAUUUUGUGUAGCUUGGUUCUCAUGUUGGCACCCCUGGCACCACACAUCUCAUCAGAGAUGUGGCAAGGCUUGAAGAGUGUCAAACACAAGACUGUCAGUUAUGACUGGAGCAGGGAUGCCCUCCACCAACCAUGGCCUGUUGCAACCAAGGAAGUAGAGACAAACACAGUCAUGGUUAAGGUGCUGGUCAACAAUAAAAAAGUGGGGACAAUAGAAGUUCAUAGGACUGAAGCAACUGAUGCUGAAGCCUUAGAGAGAUUAGUACAAGAAAGCAGCAUUGGACAUAAAAACUUGAGUAACUUGCUGAUAAAGAAGCUGGUUUUGUCACCAAAAGGCAAUUUGGUCAAUAUCCUAACAGAGUGAUUGUUUUUCCAUCUGUUUGAUUACUACUAACUCAUAUAAAAACUGUCUUAGUAGUACCUGUGUUUAAUGAUGUUUGGAAUAGUUUCCAUUGAGUAGCACUUAGAUAAGGUUUCUCUGCAAUUUAGGUCAAAGGGCAUCAAGUUCUGAUGGAAUAGGGCCUCUUGUACUGAAGGCCAGAUUGUUGGACAUAUUAGAGUAGGAUUCUAGAUACCAGCUCUGGUUCCCAUCCAACUGUGGUAAAAUGUUCAAUCUGCAAUUUCCAAUUCUUCUAAUCUUUCAGUUUGAUGUAUUGGGGAUCUUUUAUAAUACUAUAUGAUAAAUGUUGAAUGCAGAGGUGUUCAUAAUGUAAGGUUACGUGAGAGCCUUUUAUUCCUUGAUUUGAUUUGAUUUAUUCAUUUUUCAUAAUUCCUUAGGCAGUUUAGCCAUGUAACAUUAGCACUGAGCCACUGGAGACAGAACUGUGUGCAAAGGUCUUUAUGAAAAUAUAAUUUAUUAAUGGGAG